CAGUGGGGGUGACUUUGACCAGAGAGGGAGAUCCAAGCAGGCUGUGGACAAAGACAGCCUUGAACAGCAGGCUUGGCCCUGAAACAUGAAGCUGGGGACACAGACCUAGAGGGUCAAGGGGACACAGGACUAACAGGAAAGGACACAGGCUGCUGUCAGGACACACACCCGAGGCUAGGACCCUGCUGACGUGGCAGCCCUCCACCCUGGCCCCUUACUGCCCCCCGCCCCUCUCCCCCGCCUGCCAGCUGCCAACAGGGCUCUGCCCUGUGUCUGCCACACCUGUCACUGCCUGUCCUUGUCCAGGGGGGGCCCCAUCAGCCCCUCCUCAGCUGCCCAGCAGAGCAAGCGGUUAGUGGGGAGGGGAGGGAACAUGGAGCGGGGGCCGGUGGUGGGGGCAGGGCCGGGGACCAGGGCCCGAAUCCGGGCAGUGCUGGGCUGCCUGGUCCAGGUGCUGCUCUGGGUGGCCUCUGCUUUGCUGUACUUUGGAAGUGAACAAGCUGCUCGCCUCCUGGGCAGCCCCUGCUUGCGGCGCCUCUACCACGCCUGGUUGGCAGCAGUGGUCAUCUUUGGGCCCCUUCUGCAGUUCCAUGUCAACCCUCGGACUAUCUUCGCCAGCCACGGCAACUUCUUCAACAUAAAGUUUGUGAAUUCAGCCUGGGGCUGGACAUGCACCUUCCUGGGGGGCUUCGUGUUGCUGGUGGUGUUCCUGGCUACAAGGCGUGUGACAGUGACUGCCCGGCACCUGAGCCGACUGGUGGUGGGGGCAGCUGUGUGGCGGGGGGCCGGCAGGGCCUUCCUGCUCAUUGAGGACCUGACAGGCUCCUGCUUCGAGCCUCUGCCCCAGGGCCUGCUGCUCCAUGAGCUGCCUGACCGGCGCAGCUGCCUGGCGGCCGGCCACCAGUGGCGGGGCUACACGGUCUCCUCCCACACCUUCCUGCUCACCUUCUGCUGCCUGCUCAUGGCCGAGGAAGCAGCUGUGUUCGCCAAGUACCUGGCCCACGGGCUGCCAGCCGGCGCACCCCUGCGCCUGGUCUUCCUGCUCAACGUGCUGCUGCUGGGCCUCUGGAACUUCUUGCUGCUCUGUACUGUCAUCUACUUCCACCAGUACACUCACAAGGUGGUGGGUGCCGCCGUGGGCACCUUUGCCUGGUACCUCACCUACGGCAGCUGGUAUCAUCAGCCCUGGUCUCCAGGGAGCCCGGGCCACGGGCUCUUCCCUCGCCCCCACCCCAGCCGCAAGCACAACUGAAAGAAAUAAAAGCACAUCAGGCCUGGC